GCAACACAAAGUGGUUCAAUAACAGCGCUCUGCUCGGUGUUGCUAUUUAGGUAACUUUGUAGUCCAUUGAUGGUGUUUCAUUGUUUAAUGAAAUAAUCUAUUGCUACAUUGCGAUAUUAAGUUACCAUGUCUUUCAAAGGCAUAAGAGGUUGCAAUAGUAGAGUGUCGAAAGAGGAUCAAGAGUUCUACGACUUGAGACAGAGAGCAGCGGAAUAUUAUAGAGCAAACUCGGUUCCGCAGAAUAUUGAGGGUGUCUUGAAUCAGAUGUUCCUGGAAAAGCCUGAUGAUAUUUACGGUUAUCUGGCAAAUUACUUCUCACAACAUUCAGCAAAGGCCGUAAUAUGCAGAACGGAGGGGAAGGAAGUCUAUGACGGGAAUGGACAAAUCUCAGCCCAGGCAGACGUGUAUUGUAUAAUCAGAAAUGAAGAGAAGUGGGUGUCCAGUGGUGCCGUGCCCAGUCAUGGUGAGCUGGCAUCGGGCAGGACUGACCCGUCGGGGGUAGCAGAGGAAAGCUCUGCCCAGAGCCAUGCACUCGAGACCGCCCUGAGCUGGAUCAACCAGCCAAUCAGCACCAUGCUCCGGGGUCUCAACCCCAGCGACCAGACCACCAUCGACAAGAUACUGAGUGAUUUCUUCUUGGCUCGCUUCCUGGAGAACGAAGAUGAGAAGAGGAAGGAGAGUGAGGCCGAGGAGCAGAAGUCGGCCGAGAGCACCCCAGAGCCGGCCCCCCCACCCCCACCCCAGCCUCCCACCAAAGACAGGAAGGGGGCAGACAAAGCUCUUUUAAGGAAGAAGAGUGUGUGUAUGGAGCAGUGUCUGCCCCCAGCUGACCCCCCCGUGCCCGUGCUGCCGGGCUGCAACGCCGUGGGCGCCGUGUCUCUGGCCAUCGCCAAGGCGACCGCCCGCUUACAGCGCACGCCCCUCUACCAGCACAUACGGCUACUGAGGAGGGACCAGACAGCCGGUGACAUACACAUCCCGUUUCCCAUGGUGACGGUGUUAAGCUGUGGUAGGAUGUCUCCGGGCAAACUCCACCUCCUGGAGGAAGUCAUCGUUCUCCCUGCAGCUGGACAGAGAGUUAGAGAAAAGAUCGCCAUGGUCCUUGAUCUGCAGAAGGAAGUGAAGAGAAUCUUGAACAGCACUUCAAAAACAGGGACCCUGGUGUUUCCUGUGACCGAUGGCGGUGCGUUGCUGGUGGGCUUCGACCGUGUGGAGCAGCCACUGGACGUCCUGAUGGAGGCAUGCGCCAACCUGCAACUCACGCCAGGGACGGACGUCCACUUCGCCCUCAGCUGCGCUGCCCACACGCUCCUGGACUAUUCUAAGGGGAAGUAUGAGAUUGUAGCGGGCACCUUGAAGGCUCCAGGGGAGCUGAUUGAGGUGUAUGAGUCGCUGAUCAGCAGAUAUCCAGGCAUCUGUGCCCUCAUCGACCCCUUCAGGAAAGAGGACCUGGAACAGUGGGAUAAACUGAGCUGUGCCCUGAUUGGUCAGCCCUGCUGUCUGAUCGCUGAUGCUGCCUUCUGCUCCCCUCCUCGUCUCUAUGGUGACAAGAGGCUCCUCCCACCAGGGGUCGCGGGGGUUAUCCUGAAACACGUGAAUGAGACCACCAUCACUGAUCUCCUCUGCGCCACCUCAGAGGGCCGAGAUUCCACCACCAUUCUGGAGCAGUCUGGGACAGAGUGGUGUGAUGACUACUUCGUAGAUCUGGCUGUGGGUCUGGGCGUUAAGUUUGUGAAGCUGGGCGGCCUGAUGGGAGGAGUCCGUCUGGCGCGCUACAACCGCCUGAUGAUGCUGGAGGAGGAGCUGACCAGGCAGGGCAUUCUGGGUAAGCUGACCAGGCAGGGCAUUCUAGGUUCAAAUCAGCUGGAGUUGCCUUUGUUUGGAACCAGUGUAAGCCCUGGCUCUGAGUUACCCGAGACCGAGUGAGGAGGACUGGAGGACACACGGACACACACACACACACACGUACAAACACGCGCACACACACACACACGUACACACGCACGCACACACGUACCCGCACGCACGCACAUGCACACACACGUACCCACGCACACACACACGUGCGUACACGUACACACACAUACGCACACGUACAGUACGCACGCACGCACACACACAUGCGCAUGCACACGCGCACGCACGCACCCACACACACCACGUACGCACGCACACAGUUGUUCACUGCAAGAAGAUACAACAAAUAAUUACUAGAAGACACUUUUGUACAAUUUAAUUAUAUUUUGUGCAUUUACAUUUUUUCCACAAAAUCAGAAAAUGUGUCUGGCUCAUUGUUUUUGAUGAAAUUAAAUAAGAAAAGAAACAAAAGUUUUUGAUUACAUUUAUUUAACAUUAUAUCAAGUACAU